ACGCUAACGAUUCAAUAUCAUCUCGUACAGCCAGCCGAGCAGUACUUCCAACACAAUUCCCUAUACUUACUUUUUUCUUUUUGAAAUUAAAAAUCCUAAAAUGAGAAUCCUUGAGGAGCAUCAAGUCCAUUUGCUGGAUCCUUCGGAGCUGAUGCGGCCAGAGCCCACGUUUGCCGACAAGAAUCCUUCCAAGUUCCGUGACUACAGCGUGGAUACCGAGGAUCCACUAAAGGAACGGGUUCGCCGCACCUACCGUCAGAUGCAUUUGAAUCAAACCGUCGACUUUGUCAAUGGACGUCGUGCACGCUGGCUGAAAUUCAACACAAUCAAGAUGACCGUGCGUCAGGCGCUAGAGAAGCUCAACGAUCUUGUCGACGAAUCGGAUCCCGAUCUCGAUUUGCCCAACAUCAUACAUGCCUUCCAGGCUGCGGAACGUGCACGCGCCGAGUUCCCCCAGCACGAUUGGCUGCACUUGACCGCCCUCAUUCACGAUCUCGGCAAGAUUAUGGCCUUCUACGAUGAGCCACAAUGGGCCGUCGUUGGCGACACCUUCGCCGUGGGUUGCCGUUGGGGCGAUAGCAUUGUCUAUCGCGACGAAAGCUUCGAGGGCAAUCCCGAUGGCGAGAAUCCCAAGUACAAUACCGAAUACGGCAUGUAUAAGCCCAACUGUGGUGUGGACAACUUGCUAAUGUCGUGGGGACACGAUGAGUACAUGUACUCGGUGCUCAAGCACAACAAGACCAAGCUACCCGAUGUGGCAUGCAACAUCAUACGCUUCCAUUCCUUCUAUCCGUGGCACAACGGCGGCGACUACAAGCACCUGGAGGCUCCCAAGGAUGAGGAGACCAAGAAAUGGGUGCUAAUCUUCAAUCGCUACGAUCUGUACACUAAGAGCGAGGUUGUACCUGAUAUUGAUGCUUUGUGGCCUUACUACCAGACCCUGAUUGACAAGUAUCUCCCCGGUGUUCUGGAGUUUUAAAUACACUAAUCCAUUAUAUAUAUACACAUAUACAAUCAUAAACUAUAUACAGACUUAUACUCGUAUCGUAACAUACUAUAAUACCUUACAAACUGUUCCCUACUGUCCCUAUAUCAGAACUGUAUGCUAUAUCUACUAUAUAAAUAUAUACAAAUAUUUCACAAAACUAAAA